CGAGCAUGCAGAUUGUAUGCGCACCUGAACAAGACGUAUUCCACGCUACGCGUUGUCCGGCUCUUCUUCCCAACCUCCUUGCUCCUCGCCUCUGCAAACGGUUCAGUCCCGCCUGGGGCACGACGACGCCAUCGGAACUCCCAGGCCCGUGGGAUGCCGUAGUCACCAGGGUCCGUCAAGUCUUCUGACCUCGAGGCUCACCGUGCGCCGACAUCGCAUGUCCAGGAGGAAAUCCGGUCCUGACUGUGCGGUCCACUCCGCACGGCGAAAAAGACGCUUGUCGCUUGUCCAGAAGUCGUGGGAACGGGCCCGGCUACUACUGAGGAUCGAGCAUGCCGGACAUAAGUACAUAUCUUCCUGGACUAGGGUUGCUCCGGGCCUCCGGCCUCUGACAGCCUGCAGGGUCCUUCGGGGCCGUGGGGUGACGCGACAGCUCACGUGUUUCGCAACUGCACAUCUUGCACAGUGCCAGUGGACUUCACUAGCAGUACAUAGCUGAUGACAGGGCGGUUACGGAAGCCUGCCAUGUCAGAAGGACUAAUGCCUUGGUUCCGGACCUAACGCAGGCUUGCGUCCUCAAACCCGUCCUGCAAAUCUCCAUUUCCAGACCUGGGCUGCUCAGUACUGCCGGUUAGGACUCCGAGCUCGCCUCGGAGGAGCUGUGCAAGAACAAGAUGACUACAAGCUUAACUGCCAGUUGAGGCGCAUUUUUCAGUCGGGUGGAUGAGGUGGCGAUGGGAUCUUGCACUCAAGCGCCAUCCAGCCAAAAACCUUCUGCGCAUCUGCGCUGAAGCUUCCGCUUGUCGCGGCACGUCUUCUCGUCUGAGCAAAGCUGCCAUGAUCACACACUCUGUAGUUUGUUCAUUCAGAAUAACAUUACAGGGCCCGUCGCCCUUGAAGACGAAUCGUAGGAUCACUUGCGCACUUUGGCGAACCAAACUUCGGCGCGCUCUUGAGCAGUCUUGCCGACGGGAUCAGGAACACCGAGACCCGCGCCCCAGAAUCCACCGAGAGCGGCAAACCCUCGGUCCCCGUCAAACUCGAAGACCAAGCCGUCGAGUCUAUAUAUCCACUGUUCCUUGGGGACGGACGCGCGCUGCACAUCUCCGUCAGCUGACCGCGGAUCGCAAGCACACGGCGUCGCACCUCAACCUGAAGGGCAGACACAUUCCAAACCUCUCCGCUGAAGUGCUGGAAGCGGAUGAAUGUGUCAGCAACCACCUUGAAGUCCGCGACGAGAGUGGGGAUCGCGGGAUCGAUUUCUUCUGGGUACCGAGCAGCGAGAUCCUUGCACGACUGGCCCGUCUGGGUGCUGUCCAAGAAGAGGCAGAAGUCGACCUCGUAAUACCCGGGGUUGGAGUAUUUCCCAGCGAGGGAGGUGAAUGGAACGGAUGGCAGCUUUGGGUGCUUCGAGCGCGGUGUCGCGGGCGGUGGAAGCGACGAGGCGAUUGCGUUGCGGUAUCUUGACAUCGGACGAGGUCAGACAGCUUCCGAAGGCAAAUGCGAUUCAGUUCAGCACGCACCGGGACGUCCAAUCCACGGGCUUGAGUUGCAGGAACUCGUCGAUGAGCCGGAACUUGAUCGCCUCAGCUAUCAACGACCCGAGGCUGUCGUCGUUUGUCAUCACCGCGACGCCGAAUUCCUGCCAGGGCAGACGGCUGACUAUGCUGUUGAACCCAGGAACUGAUCCAUCAUGCUGCAGUGAUCCGUGAGUGCAUUCAGUUCC